AGAGCUGUGGGCACGUCGCGUACACCCAGGCGUCGUCAAGUGCAAGACUGCAGUCCAGGUAAACACGUUUGCCUGCUCGCUGUUUGAAAUCGCGGUUUGCGCUGAUGAUGAUGCUCGCUUACUGGAUUGGAUAGCGUUGGAUUUCAAGGUAAUGAAUAGGUGGCACUGGCGUUCCAGCCGCGCCUUGGGUCACGCGCGUCUUCGAGCCGUUUCUGUGACCCUGUGGCGGUUCCCGCGAAGUGCAUCCUUACGACCACGGGCUUGGCGGGUUUCGGGCCGUAUCACGGAUCCCGAUGUCCUCUAAUUCCGAGUGGCUUUUGCAGUCACUCGGGAAAAGGACGCGUGUGUCGGUAACACGCAACCACCGACGAGUAGGCUUAGAUGUUGCCCCGGUGUAGCACUGCACGCCUCCGGCGACGUUGACAACAGGAUGCAGAUAUCGACAGACUCCUUCCCAUUCAAGCUGGGUGCCCGGCGCAAUGUGCUCCAGGUGAGCGACGCCUCCCCGGAACAAGAAGCCAUGGGCUCCGAGACUAGGCUGAAGCGCGUCGGCAGUUCGUUCGUGUCGUACGUAGACCUCGGUGUCGGCGAGCGGUCGUCUGCACGCCCACCCGACGCAGCGCCUCCUCCGCCGGAUCUCAUUCCGUUGGUGACGCUGAAGCCCGCGUUGUGCGACGGUGAGGUGGUGGUGACGGAGGUGGACAACGUGCUCAAGUUUAACACGUUCAGUGACCUGCGUAACGGCGUGUCUGGCGUGCUCUUCUGCACCAACUUCAAGCUUAGCUUCGUCACGAUGGACGCGAGCGGCGAGCACAAGCCACGAGCGCUGUGCGCGAACCGCGUGUUGGGCGAGAACGACAUCGGUCUCCUGAACGUGGAAGCCCUGUUCCUACUCUCCGGGGGCCGUCGCAAGCGGCUGUCGCCCCAGGCGGCCGCUGCGCAGUCCGUUGAGGUGCUGCAGGUCCACUGCAAGGACAUGCGCAUUUUCACCUUCUCCUUCAAGUUCUGCCAGAGCGACCAGUGCAGCGCCAAGGUGCUGCAGUAUCUCUCGCGUCACGCGUUCGUCUCCAGCCUGGACAAGCUGUUCUGCCCGCGCGGUGGCUCGAUCGGCCAGCGCGAACCGCCUUUCGAGAGCGCUCGCCAGUGGGACGCCGAGCUGCGGCGCUGCGCCGCCUCCAAGUUGUGGAGGGUGACCGAGCUCAACGAGCGGUACCGCUUCUCGGCCGCGCUCCCCGGCCGCUUCGCCGUCCCACGUCGUCUCGUCGACUGUAAGCUAGAACGCCUGGCGCAGCACUUCAGCGACAAGCGCGCCGUUGCCUGGUGCUGGAGUCACCCGAGCGGCGCGGCACUGGUGCGAGGUGCCGCCUCCGACACGGGCUCCGAGUCGGCGGACGCCGAGCGGCUUCAACUGCUCGCCCAGUGCCUGGGCGCCGAUGUCCACUUGGUGAACUUGGAUCUGGAGUGCCCAAUCGUGCGCGAAGUUGGUUCCAGCUACCACAAGCUUCAGGCCCUCUGCAUGCCGGCCGACGAAGCGGAGUUUCUCGAGCAAGAGGCCCGUUUCUACGCGGCGCUCGAGUCGACCCGUUGGUUGGAGUGUUUGUCGGGUUGCCUUAAGGUGGCACUGGCGGCCGCCAAGGUGAUAGCAGAACGCCGGAAACACGUGCUGGUGCGCGAACAGAGUGGUGCCGACAUGACUUGCGUGGUCGUCAGCCUGGUGCAGAUUCUCCUCGACCCCCACUAUAGAACGCAAGCAGGCUUUCAAACCUUGGUUGACAAAGAGUGGGUAGCCGCGGGUCAUCCCUUUCCGGAACGCCUGGACCAUCUCGGUCAAGGACGCGCAUCGCCAGAGGCGGCACCGGUCUUUCUGUUCUUUCUCGAUUGUGUCUGGCAGCUUCAGUCUCAGUUUCCUGCAUCGUUUGAGUUCUCCGAGACGUACCUAACUAACCUUUGGGACUGCACGCAUGUGGGCAUCUACGACACAUUUCUCUUUGGGAACAACCGGCAGCGAUGGGAGGCUCUGAAGUCGCAACCUUUCCGCAAUGUCUGGGAUUGGUCUGGCCCGCACUCGCGCCUUUCCCCGCAAGACCUGGAACUCUUCAAGAAUCCAUUGUACCUGCUUCAACGAUCCAAGGAGUUGCUCAAUGUGAGAUCGCAAGAGGGUGCUGGCGACCGUGGUAUGCAAUCAUUUAGUGCAGACCUGCUUCUCCUGGACCCCACAGUGAAGUCUCUUUCAGUGUGGACACAGUGUUACUACCGCUGGAUUCCAAAAGCGGAGGUGGUUAAUGGUGAUCCGGCGACUCUGUUCCUCCACAAUGUUCGUGUGGCCAGGGAUAUAAACUUUUUGGCAACUCAGAUACGACUACUGAAAGAACAACGCGAUGGUGGAGAUAGCGUACAGCUGCGGCACAGACGCCUGCCUUCGGACGAGUACUUCUUUGCCAUCCAGCGUAGCUCUGCACGUCCCGGUGCAGCAAUAGACAAUCAUCAUCUGGUGACUUCUUCAUUUCCAUUUGCUCCUCCGGGUCCUGUAGAUUGGGGAAGCUGCCAUGUGCCUUCGGUAGCACCUCUUCCAGACGAUGACUAUGGGGACUUGGAUGACUAAAGUAGCGAUCAUAGGUUUUGUUGGAAAGGCCCUAUUUUAAGUUAAUGGGCGUGUGCUAUGUUUGGUUUGGUUUAUCGCAUUGCAUAGCACACACAUAGCUGCUAUCAGGGCACCCGCCAAGCCAGCUCAGGGCAUUUCAGGAUUGCCUCUUUGGCUGCUGACCAAUACUUAAAUUGGAAACGUUCACACCAUGAGAUGCCAGCUGUUGGCUAUUAUAGGUUCUCGCAGAGCUGUGAAAAGUAUUGACGCUUCUUUUUUGCGGAAGCUUUCACUUGCAGUCAAUUUUAAUAGCAGCUAACCGAACAUUUCAGCAGCCAACUGUUAAUACCUUGUUUGCGUGAUGUUACAUAAUUCUUGUGCCGGGCAGGGAUUUUGUUCUGUUAAUUGUUUCCGCUGGAGGCCGCGGUGCUGUAUUGUUUGUGGAAGUUCUUUCAUUUUCUGCAAUGUUUUUAGUAGCUCCAGACUCCUUCAACUUGUUCGAAGCGGAGAGCAUGUUGUUCAGUUCAGAAUGAACACACCGAUAACUUAUUGUACAAAUUGUUUAAGCUCCUGUUUGUUUAUUAGUGAUCAUAUGUUGUGGCUGUUAAUAUGUAUAGAGAAUGUAUUUUUUGUUUGAACCUGUUCCUAAGGCUGUGCUGAUUUUAUUUUCCAGAAAGCUGAGGCUGCAGUUAUUUUUUUUUGCCUUGAAGAUCCUGUCAUUUUGUUCGUCACUAACAUUGCCAGUAUUGAAAGUACUGUUGCGCAUUCCUCCAGUACUGCGUUAAAAUUUAAUUUACCCGGUAGAUGUUCUGUGAGACAUGCUAUUAAAUUAAGUGAAUAUGUCCUCUCAGUGCUUCAAGCAGCCAUGACGUGCUGGUUUUAAGUGCUUUUAUUCUCUACGAGCAGCAUAUCUUGGUGCUCUUGCUUCUCAGACCCCUGGGGCCAAUAUAAAUUCAAUGAUAGCAUGUACAUUUUGGAUGCACUUUCUUAAAAGAACAUAAGUGGCAUUGUUCCUAGCCUAGAACAAGGUAGAUUGUUUUUAAGGGUAGGUUAGACUAUUUACCAAUGGUAAAAAAAAGAAAGCAAGUAAUGCCAUUUUCCAUGGUGAAAGUGAAAACUAAUCUUCAUUAUGUAAGUUAUUUGGUCAUAUCUACGUUAAACAAGUCGACUGUGCUGUCAACUUUGUCUAAUGAAGGCUACUGAUUCAACGAAAAUGAUGCUGAUGUUUUAAUAGAGUGUGAAACACUUUGGCACAAGUUUUGCAUUUCAUACCUUGUGUAGCGAGUGCUGAUUUUGUGGAAGUGGUGCAACGCUGUGCCUGCCGAGCAGUGUAGGACUAUGUGUAUUAAGGUGAACAUGUAUAAUUCGUUGGUGUAUUGAGUUUGAUGAAAUGCUUAGCAAAGCUCAGUUAGUGGCCUAUUACUCUGGCGUGGAUUUGGAGUCCUGCUGUAAGUUAACUAGAGCUGUUGGAUGAAAGCCUGGGCAUUCUCGGUGAUACCUUCUUGGCAUUUACAGGUGGCAUUUGGCAGGCCAGAUAAAAGUAAUAUGGUAACUCGGUGCAAACUUGCUUCAAUAAUGUGAACUCUGAGGGAGAGUUGUAGCUGGCUGACCACAUAUUCUUUGCUUAUUCAGCUGUAAGCUACCAAGAUUGGUUGUGCGUAGGCAUUCUCGGGCUCUUUGUGACAACAUAUGACUGCAGCUGCAGUUUGUCGUGUAACUCUAGAACUUUGUUGAGGCUUUACAAUCUUGCCUUCACAGGCAGGUCAAAAACUGGCCAUAUGCAUCGUGCCGGUGUAACGCUUGCGGUUUCGUAUUUGGCGACUUAAUCUUGCAGCUUUACAGCUUUUUGGUACCAAUUGGCACCCACUAUGUUGUCUAACAUGUUUGUAUAGAUUUUGACAAAUAUGGCCUCUGCACUUGAAAAGUAUGCUUUUGUGAUAAUAGCUUAGAUGUUGUGUAAAUCAGUAUGUGCGCUGUUAGAACAUCGGAGGGAUAACUAUUUUAAAAGAUAGACCUAUUGAAUGUGGCUGAUCCCAUUUAGGUGUCAUAAUGGUUGUUGGGAAGUAUUGAAACUGUUUGGGAAAAUUAAAAGCUGUAGGGGGCUGCAGCUUUACUUAUUAAACCACUUGUUAUGUAUGCAAAAGAAUAAAAAUAAAGUAUUGAAUACAUGUAAAUAAGCACUGCCCAAAGGGAGCCCUACAUUCUGUCUUAUUGGGUGCAUUUAUUCAUUGAUGUCCGUACCUGUAAAGAUAGGUGUGGGGCACCAAUUCUUCGUGCUGUUUAAAAACAUGUCUGCAGUACUUGGUGGCACAGACAUUUUGGUAAGAGUCCUUUACAGCCUGUAGUGUACCCGAUUUCGGAAUGGAUUAAAGAUAUUAUAAAAUACACA